AGCUCUCGUGACGUCACACGCCGCGCUGGCUCGCCGUAGAGAAAGUUUCGUGGCCCCCUCCUCCUUUUCUCAACUCUACUGUUGUUUUUGUUGUUUGGGUAAAAGUUUGCUUGUGUGAAUGUGCGCCUCUGCGAUUUUCUCGAUCCCUUCGGCAAAGGGAGGAUCAUUUCGCUUAUUCGGAAAGAUCGCUUAAUUUUCUUUCCCGGGGCAGCAAAGGAAGCGAGAAUACGAGCACGAACGCAUUUUAACCGGUCAUUGUCUGGCUGAAGCGGACCGAUCGCGUCUGCCCCCCCCUCCCCAUCCUCUCGUAUAGGUCUGCGGGACAGAGGAAAAAGGGACCUGGCGCAAUGGCGGAGACCAAAAUAAUAUACCACAUCGACGAGGAGGAGACGCCGUACUUGGUCAAGAUUCCCGUCCCUGCGGAAAAAAUCACGCUGCUGGACUUCAAACAGGUCCUGAACAAGCCCAACUACAAAUUCUUCUUCAAAUCCAUGGAUCAGGAUUUCGGGGUGGUAAAGGAGGAGGUCUCCGAUGACUCUGCGAAGUUGCCUUGUUUCAACGGGAGAGUGGUGUCCUGGCUGGUGUCCUCAGAUGGUCCCAACCCAGAACCCCCUGCUGCCGUCCCAGCCCCGCCGAUGGAGGUGCGACCCCCUCCAUCUCCGCCACCCCCACCCUUGCCCCCUCCACCUGCUGAGAGGGUCAGUGGCAUCGGGGACUCCAGGCCUCCAUCUUUCCACCCCAAUGCACCGCCCAGCGUGGACACCCUGGAUGAUCACACGGACACGGACUCGCUGGUGUCCUGCCGUAGGCAGCGGCCGCGGCACAGGGAGAGCCAGGACCCACACGGGCCGAGGAUGAAUGGGCAGAGCCGCCUGGAGCGCCACCUGGCGGGCUAUGAGAGUGCCAGCACACUCAUGAGCAGCGAGCUGGACGCCACCAGCUUCUGCGACUCGGAGGAUGACGACACCAUGAGCAGGUUCAGCAGCACCACAGAGCAGAGCACAGCCUCCCGACUCCUGAAGCGACAUCGUCGACGUAGGAAACAGCGCCCCCCCAGGCUGGAGAGGGCCUCCUCGUUCAGCAGUGUGACAGACUCCACCAUGUCCCUCAACAUCAUCACUGUCACCCUCAACAUGGAGAAAUACAACUUCCUGGGCAUCAGCAUUGUGGGCCAGAGCAACGAGCGAGGAGACGGGGGCAUCUACAUCGGCUCCAUCAUGAAGGGCGGAGCAGUGGCGGCCGAUGGGCGCAUCGAACCGGGGGACAUGCUGCUGCAGGUGAACGACAUCAACUUCGAGAACAUGAGUAACGAUGAUGCGGUCAGGGUCCUGAGGGAGAUCGUGCACAAGCCGGGGCCCAUCAUCCUCACGGUGGCCAAAUGCUGGGAUCCGUCCCCUCAGGGCUACUUCACGCUCCCGCGCAACGAGCCGAUCCGGCCCAUCGACCCGGCAGCCUGGGUCAGUCACUCGGUAGCUCUGACGGGGACCUACCCCGCUUAUCCUGCCAGCUCCGCCCUCAGCUCCGUCACCUCUGGCUCCUCCAUCACCGAGACCGAGCGCUUUACUGACUUCAACCUGUCCCUGCACUCGGACAUGGCGUCGGUGGCCAAGGCGAUGGCAUCGCCCGAGUCCGGCCUGGAGGUCAGGGACCGCAUGUGGCUGAAGAUCACCAUCCCCAACGCCUUCCUGGGCUCGGACGUGGUUGAGUGGCUGUUCCACCACGUUGAGGGCUUCCAGGACCGGCGCGAGGCACGCAAGUACGCCAGUAACCUGCUGAAGGCCGGCUUCAUCCGCCACACCGUCAACAAGAUCACCUUCUCCGAGCAGUGCUACUACAUAUUUGGGGACCUGAGUGACUGUGAGAACUACAUGGCAAAUCUCACCUUGAAUGAUAACGACGGCUCCAGUGGGGCAUCGGAUCAGGACACCUUGACUCCCCUGCCCCUGCCAGGGGCAACGCCCUGGCCCCUGCUGCACUCCUUCCCAUACCAGUACCCCCACCCCUACUCCAGCCAGCCUCCGGCCUACCACGAGCUGUCCAGCUACAGCUAUGGACCCGGCAGCGCAGGAAGCCAGCACAGCGAAGGGAGUCGGAGCAGCGGCUCAACGCGGAGCGAGGGCGAUAGGCGGCGGGGUAAAGGAGGCAGCUCAGGAGGAGGUACCCGGGAGGAGAAAUCGCCGGGAGGCGGGGCAGACUCGCGCUCCGGCAGUGGCAGCGAAUCGGAGUACUCCACCCGCAGCAGCCUGAGGCGUGACCACGGCUCUGCCACGCCCAGCGAGCACAGCCACCUGAGCCAGCGCUCGCACCCCCGCGCCCCACCCCCACACAUGCCCUACCCGCCCGGGAUCCCCCUCCCCUACAACCCCAUGAUGGUCAUGAUGGUCCCACAGCACCCCCUGCCUGCGGUCGGCCCCCCUCACCCCCAGCACCCUGCUGGUCCUCCGGGCCAGGUCCUGACACCCUCCACGACCCCGGGGGGGCCACCUGGGGCCCCUCCCACCCGCGAUCUGGGCUCCGUGCCCCCCGAGCUCACAGCCUCCCGGCAGUCCUUCCAUCUAGCCAUGGGAAACCCCAGCGAGUUCUUUGUGGAUGUGAUGUAAUGGUGUGUGUGUGUGUGUGUGUGUGUGUGUGUGUGUGUGUGUGUGUGUGUGUGUCUGUAUAAGGUGGUUGACAGAGCAGGGUACCCAGUAGUCUCACUAGGUGAUCAUCCACAGAGCCGGAAGCAAUUGAGGUUGACCCACCUCUGCUGUGGGUGUCUGGAUGCCCCCAUGUCCGUCGUGGUCGGACUGUGCCUGAAACAUAACAAAUACACGACUCUGCCCCCCCCUCCCCCCAACAGCAAUGAAUAUGUUAGAAUAUUGGAUAGACAGAUAUAUUUCUGAUAAAGUCCUCAAGAAUGACGUUUGUUUGGUUCCCCUCUGGUGUUUUGCGGGCCAGGUAAUAAAUAGCAUAAUAGCAUUUCAGCACCCCCCCCCCCCCCCAAAAAAAAAGACAAAAAUUAUGCCCGCAAUGAAAUGUGGUCAUUUAUGUUGUUGAACUGACUGUUUUUCAUAUGGUGAAGUCUUUAAAAGGCUACAUGUAUUCGGUGAAGAGUAAAAAUGCAUUUCCGUCACAGCUGUGGUGUAACCAAGCCCAAGAAAGCGAAGUGAAACGGGUAGAAAUGGCUGUAUUUAUCCUUUUUCAGGCAAUCGCAGUACUGUAUAUGAAUAUUUGUUUUGAAUACGACUUAGUCACCGCCGAGCCAAAACAAUUAAACAUAAAUGUGAAUUUUAAUUUCAUUUAAUGCAGAAAGUAAUAUUUACCGUCCCUUUCAUUACUGAUCGCGAUUUUUGAAAAGCCUGAAUAUUGGUUGUAAAUAUCCCAUUUUUAAGCCUUUAAAGAUAAACUGCACCAGAGUUUUAACGUUGAAUUAGCACAGAUACUGAUGAUAGAUAUGCACAGCUUUCGGUGUAAUUUAAAUGAACGAUGGAAGAUAACGGUCCACGGUACGUGGAACAUACCAAAAAAGGUACUUUUGAUUUUAGAUGAAGUAUAAAAAAAUAACGACGAACCCAUUAGAUUUCCAAAGGAUCCCUACCAUUUCAUGUGUUACAUGAUUGUUUCAUGGGUGCUUUCAUUAGAAGAGUACUUUGGGAGUGUGUGUUGCGAAGUAUAACACAAUGGUUUAUGGCAACUUUGUCUUUAUCACCAUUUUCAAUAUUUGAAAUAAAUUUUUACUAAUUUCA